AUGUCAAGUGCAGAUGAAAUCAGGGCUAAGAGGUUGGCAAAACUUGUUGGAUCUGGUAGACCCAACACCCCACAGCAACAAACACAGCAACAACUGCCAGUAACAAGUCAUGCAAGUGAAGAUAAUAAAGUGACCAAAUCGGAGCACAACACACCCACGAUCUCUCCACCACCAGAUAGAAAUGCAGUUGAACUGGAGAAUUUUGGCAAACAGUCGACACCAAUUGCCACCACCACCAACAACAACAACAACACAACACCUGUUUUUCCAUCAAGGCCAACACAAUCUAAAAAGGAACAUAUGUCUCAAUGGAUACUGAGAGAAUUGGAACACAUUUUCAAAAUCACCCUAGAUUCAAAUGAAAAGUCAAACACUUUGGUGUAUUUACCUAAUCUAGCACACGAGUUGCAAGAUUCUAAUGACAAACUUGAUGAAAACUACUUGGAUUCAGUUUUUAUGGAAAUUCUUUCAGAAAUUGGAGUGCCUGGAAAGAGACCCAUUUCAUACUUGUACUCAGUUUACCACGCUGCCUAUAAAGUAAAGAGAUCACUUCCCAUAAAAGCAGCGUAUCACGACGAAAAAGUUAGUUUAUUGAAUCAGAUAAUCAAUUUGUCGGUAAGAUAUGGUAACAUGGGCUUACAAAUGCCUGAUAUGUUUUUAUCAAGCAACAUUGAGCAAGCAUUGAACACGAUAGUCGAACGUUUUGCUGAUAUGUCUUCAUUUUUAGUAGACAUUGUCAAAGUUAGCCACGAAGAGGGAACGUUAUUGGACUUUUUAAAUUUGGUCUUUCCAUACAUGAGUCUGAGAUUGAAAGGCAUCACAUUUAAGGAUCAACGUUAUUUGAAUUACUUGUCAGUUAUUGAAACUCUUGUUUCCAUCAAACCCGUGGCUGCCGUGUUCUCCCAAAUUGCUGGGUUUCAGCCACCUUCAAAAGAACUGGGCUUAGACUUUGAACAUAAGUCAUUAUUGGGUCCAAUUCUACGUGUAUCUCCUCUUAUCGACACUGCAGGACCUUAUUUCGGGGACGAAGUUAGUAAAAUGUCUCCAAUUCAAAUCCAUAGUGUCUAUGAGUCACUCCAAAAUGAAUACAAAGUUGCAUUGGAUCGUUUGUUUGUCAUUGUUGAUAAAUUGAUACGUGGAUCAACAGAAACCAGAACCAAUGUCAUUCAGUGGUUGGCAGAGUUGGUCAACAAGAGUCAUUUGAGGCGGGGUAGUCACGUUGAUUUCCAGACUGUUGCAAGUGACGGAUUGAUGUUUAAUAUAACCAUUGUUUUGAUCAAAUUGAGUAUGCCAUUUUUGGAUUACCCCACCUAUACUAAAAUUGACAAAAUUGACGUGGAAUACUUUACAAAAAGUAACUUGUUAGAUAUCAAAGAAGAAUCAAGGGUCAAUUCUACAAUCGAAGAGGCAACGAAGUAUAGCGAGUCUAAGCGUGAGGAGCUUGGCGCUGAUGCAACAAACUUUAUAUCCGACUGUUUCAACUUGACCUUGGCUUAUUUGCAUUAUGGUAUUGGUGGUAUUUUCAUUAAGUAUGACAGAAUGAAACGUACAAUUGAUCAAGCCGAGAGCCAAAUAACUGCUAUUGAAUCUGGCCGUGCCGGAGUAGCCCCAGGAAUGCAAGAACGCAUGAGAGCACAAUUACCCAUAUUGUACUCUAGAGUUAAUGCAUUAAAGUCUCUGCAACACGCAAUAAAUGCUGUGUUUAGCUAUAGAGAUUUGCAGUUGGAAAUCUUUGAUUUUGUUAUUGGAGCAACUGUCUUCAUAACUAGACUUAUUGACCCGAACCAUACUUACCCACAAAAGAAAUUGAGUAUCCCGUUAUUCAAAAUUACCAAAGUGUCGGACUUGGACGAUCAUGAUUUUUUAAAGACGAAAACCCCAAUUCCUUGGAAAUAUUACCCGGAAUUUCUUUUGGAAGGUAUCAUCAACUACACUAAAUUCUCAGCCAAUUUUAGAGGAUGCCCAUUUGUUUUGAACGAAGAUAAAUUGAUUUUGUUUGUUGAGUUUAUUACCAUCUUGUUGAGAUGUCCCGAAUUAAUCGGUAACCCCCACAUGAAGGCUAACAUUGUGGAAAUUUUGUACAUUGGCUCACUUCCCAGACAAGACGGUCACCCUGGCUUUAUGGUUUCCAUAUUCGAUAGAAACGAGUUGGUCGCUCACAAUUUGUUGUACUCAUUACUUGAUUUUUAUGUCAUGGUUGAGAAAACCGGUGCAUCAUCGCAAUUCUAUGAUAAAUUCAACAGUCGUUAUUACAUCUCAGUCAUUCUUGAAGAGUUGUGGAAGAUUCCUCAAUAUCGCUUGCAGUUGAAGGAUUAUUCGGAGAACAAUGUUGAUUUUUUUAUCCGGUUCAUUGCGAGAAUGUUGAAUGAUACUACUUAUCUUUUAGACGAGACUUUCAAUCUAUUGAAUUCAAUUCAUGACUAUCAAGUUGAAGUUAAACGUCGUCAGACUGGUAAUGAACCAAACGAAGAAAUGGGGAAUGAUGAAACGUUGAAUGGUAAUUUGGAAGGUGAUGAAAGAAGAGUGAAGUCACUCAUUGCUUUGUCAAAUGAAACUAUGGAGUUGUUCAAGUUGUUUACCAAAGAAGUUCCCCAGGGGUUCGUGUUGCCAGAAAUUGUGGAUAGGUUAGCUGGUAUGUUGGAUUACAACUUGUCAGUCUUGGUUGGCCCUAAAUGUUCCAACUUGAAAGUUGCCGAACCAGAAAAGUACAAGUUUGAACCGAAAAAGAUAUUGAGUGACAUAUGUGAGGUUUACGUUAACCUCUCAUUACAAAAAGGGUUUGUUAUCGCUGUUUCAAGAGAUGGAAGAUCAUUUGAUAUUAAUUACUUCAAGAAAGCUGAGAGUAUUUUAACGAAAAGGACGUUUGUUGACAAUAGGAUUAUUAACCUGUUGGCAAUAUUUGCUGCCAAAGCAGAAGAGAAUAGACUUAUCGAGGAAACUGAAGAGUUAGAAUUGGGUGAAGUGCCUGAUGAAUUUUUGGAUCCAUUAAUGUUUACCGUGAUGGAGGAUCCAGUAAUUUUACCUUCUUCCAAGAUUAGUAUUGAUCGAUCAACCAUCAAGGCACACUUGCUAAGUGAUGCCACUGAUCCGUUCAAUAGAGUUCCUUUGAAAUUGGAAGAUGUGCAAGACGACGUCGACUUGAAGGCAAAGAUAACUGCAUUCAAGCUACAAAAGAAGCAAGAGAAGCAACAAGAGAAGCAACAAGAGAAGCAACAAGAGAAGCAGCAGCAGCAGCAGCAGCAACAACAACAACAGGAGCAAGAGGAUGUUGUUAUGACUGAUUGA